AUGCCGAAGACCGUAGAGACCGUCGACCUGUCCAACACCGCCGGUGCGUACUAUGCACCAGCAACGGUCGCACCCGCUGGCAAGAUCAUCCACAUCGCUGGCCAGCCCGGAAGCACAAAGAAUGGCGUCGUGCCAGCGGACUACGAGUCCCAGAUCCACCUGGCUCUCCUGAACCUGCGCAAGCUCAUCAUCGCCGCUGGGUCUUCAAUUGAGAACAUCGUCAAGCUGCAACUCUUCAUCGUCGACUAUGAUGCAGCCAACCGCAAGCAUACCCGACACAUCCAACGAUUCCUCAAUGGCCACCGACCAGCCAUCACUCUGGUCCCCGUUCCCAAGCUUGCUGUCGCGUCAUGGCUCCUCGAGAUUGACGCUAUUAUCGCCCUCCCAGAGCCCUCCCUGCCCCCUGUCCUCCCAUCCGCCAACGAGAAUACCGACGUUGUUAUCAUCGGCGCCGGUCUUGCUGGUCUUUCCGCCGCACAUGAUGUCUUGCGCGCGGGUUUGUCUUGCGUCGUUCUGGAGGCGCGCGAUCGUGUUGGAGGCAAGACUUGGAGCUCACCCCUUAAUGGUGGUGGUGUAAUUGACCUGGGCGCGGGCUGGAUCAACGACACUAACCAGAGCAAGGUCUAUGCUCUGGCAAAGCGCUACGGUGCAGAGGUCAUUGUGCAGAACACUCAGGGCAAUGCGGUUCUACAGGACUUCGAUGGCAACUGCUCUCCAUUUGUCUAUGGUGACCUACCCAGUUUUGAUAAAGCUACCCAAGCCCACCUGGCUGAAAUCCGCGAUAUGUGCGAAGCUGACUGCCAAGCUCUCGACACCUGGAGGCCCCAAGACACUAGCUUGGAUUCUAUCACAUUCGAGGCCUACUUGCGAUCUCGUGGAGCGAGCGAGGUGGCUAUUGCCACUGGAAUGGUCUGGACCCGGGCAAUGCUUGGACAGGAUCCGCAGGAUAUCUCAGCUCUCUACUUCCUGAACUACUGCAAGUCCGGAGGUGGAUUGUUGCAGAUGCGAUCCGAUCGCAAGGACGGCGGCCAAUAUCUCCGCAUCCGACAGGGUACUCAGCAUUUCUCCCUGGGAUUGGCAUCGUCUCUCCCGGAGAACACAGUGCGACUUUCUAGUCCUGUCCACUCAAUUAUCCAGAACGCCGACAAAUCCGUCAAGGUUCAAGCGGGAGGUGUUGUAUAUGGUGCCCGCAAGGUCAUCAUCACCGUACCUUCUCCUGCCAUGAAGACUAUCUCAUUCCACCCCAAGCUCCCUCCCUCGAAGCAGGCAUGGAUUGACUCCACUACGUACGGAUACUACACCAAGGCCAUGAUGGAAUUCCGCUCUCCGUUCUGGGUGAAGGCUGGAUUCUGUGGCCUUGCUCAGUCUUUUGUUGGCCCUGCUAGUGUUGUACGAGACAGCUGUAGUCCCGAAGAUAAGAAGUAUGUCCUUACUUGCUUCAUGUCCGGCGAUCCUGGUCGGGCUUGGUCUGCGCUAUCGCAAAAGGAGCGCGAGCAGAGCUUGCUGCAGCAACUUGGAAAGCUUUUCGGAGUUGCAAACCUCGACAAAGAAUUCAUUCAAUUGACGGCAUACGAAUGGGUCAAUGAUGAGUGGGCCGGCUGGGGAUGUCCGUGCACAGCUCUGACUCCUGGUGUCCUUGAUACUCUGGGCCCUGAUGCGUUGCGCGAAAGCUCUGGCAACUUGCACUUCGCCGGCACUGAGACUGCUGGUGAGUGGAAGGGAUAUAUGGAAGGUGCUAUUCGUAGCGGAGAGCGGGCCGCUGCUGAGGUUGUAAAGACUCUGAACGCUGGUAUUGUUUCGCGUCUAUAG